UAUGUCAGGUGGUAGUAUAAACAAACAUUUAUUUACAUUUUGCUUAAAUUUAAUUCCUUUUAAUAAUCCUACAUGUUAAAUUAAGUACAAAAAUGCAAUGUCGCGUGUGUAUGCAAAGUAAAUGCCAAAUAUUGUUCGAGAUGAAUAUACUUGGAACGGAUGACGGCAAGAACCUUUACGAAUGCUUCAAUGAAUGUACACAACUAGAUGCAUCAGCAAAGGACCAUCUGCCCAAAACGCUAUGUAAACUAUGUGCACAAAAACUUCAAAUAGCGUAUAACUUUAGAAGAAAUGCACGACAGUCGAAUGAGGAAUUUAAGAAACUUUUAAUAUCUCAAAAAUUGGAAACUGAUUCGGUUGAUAGUUCACCAGAGGAAUUAUGUACGCUUGAGGAUACCGAAGAAAGUACAGAUGAUCCAUUAGAUAUGAGUUUUCAUGAAGCAUUAAAGGCUCUUAAGAAACCUUCGGAGGAAUUGACAACGGAAGAGUUUUGUUUAGAGGAAGAUCCGGAUCAGUCUUUGGAGGAACGUUUAAUGGGAUUUCCAAUGGAAAAGUCGUGCUUAGAAGAAGCUCCAAAUCGAUUGGAGGAAUCUUUGGUGGAAUUUCCAACAGAACAGUUUUGCUUAAAGAAAUCACCAAAUCGAUCCUUGGAGGAAGGUUUGAUCGAAUUUCCAACGGAAAAGUCAAACUUAGAAGUAGCCGCGAAUCGACCUUUGGAAGAAGACUUGAUGGAAUUUUCCACGGAAAAGUCGUGCUUAGAAGUAGUUCCAAGUCCAUCUUCCGAGGAACAUUUUAAAGAAUUUCCAACGGAAAAGUCUUGCUUAGAGGAAUCCUCAAAUCAAUCUUACGAGGAAACACAUAUAGAAAUCGUAAGGGAAAGCACACCGGUGGACAAUACGGCAUUGCAUGAUAAUGAUGAACAGUCGCAAGUAAUCAUGGAGAAUGAAAUUGAAACACGUAAUUCAUUUCGGCAGGACGAAUAUGAGAGUGAAACGGAGCCCGUAAAAAAAGUGGAUUACGAUUGUGAGAUAUGUAGUAGUACAUACACAAGCAAAAAUGAACUUGAAAAACAUAUAUCCCAACAGCAUAAAUCUGAAGUAAUUUGUUUAAGUUGUCCAAAGGUAUUUGAUAUGCCUAUUGAGUUGAGAAUUCACAACCAACUUGUACACGGAACCGAUUCACCAGUACAAUGUAAUUUCUGCAGUGAAAAGCCCCUAUUGCCUCGUAAUGAGCUUGUCAAACACUUUCAAACAACUCAUAAUUCUCGCUACUAUUGGUAUUUCCCACACGUACAAAAACGACAUUCAAAUGAUACGGAGGUUCGUUCGGCCAUAAAAUACACAUGUAAAUAUUGCCAAAAAAUUUUCACAACGGUUAUUGAUUUGACAGAACAUAUUAGAUCCCACCUCUUUAAAUGUCCAUUCUGUUUGAAAAAUUUUCACAGAAUGCGUACAUAUUACUUACAUGUUAAACGUUUGCAUAACAGUUCAGCAAGCCAAUUCCCGGCUAUACCAUUAGCGGGAGAUAGCAAAGAUAAGCCGAUUCGAUGCAAAGCUUGUAACAAAAGCUAUACAAAUUUAGCCUCCUACAAUAAGCAUCUAAAAGAAAAGCAUAAUAAAGGAACAAGAUCAAAAGCUAAACAAAAAACGACAGAAUAUGAAGCAAAGGAAGCUUCGAUUGCGGAAGACGAAGACAGGGAUACCACCACAGAUGCCACUAUUGCAGAGGGCGAAGCUUUUGAAAAUGAAGACGAAGAUGCCGUUCAAGCUCUAAAUAAAUCGGUUAAAAAGGAACAAAGAAAAAAGAAAAAUGUACCACAAAUAAAGGAAAAAAAGAGAUUUCUCUGUUCAUAUUGUCCACGUGUGUUAUGUUCAAACGUGUCGCUGGCGUCGCACGAAAGAAGUCAGCAUCUCAAUUCAAAAACAGAUAUUAAGGAGUGUCCAAUAUGUCAGAAGAAAUUGAAGUCGGAUUAUAUAAGAAAUCAUAUUAAAAUUGUACACAUAGGGGAACGUAAUAACAUUUGCGAUAUUUGUGGUGGUGCCUAUAAGAGUCCUAGUCAACUUAAACGGCACAAGCUGUUGCAUAUGCCAGACCGUCAUUUGCCAUGCAGUGUAUGUGAUAGGAAAUUUACGGAAACAUCUGCCCUCAAAGUACAUAUGCGCAGUCACACGGGCGAAUUGCCAUAUGCUUGUCAUUUGUGUGAUCGUCAAUUCCGUAUCCGUGUACACCUUACCUAUCAUUUAGAACACCAUGCUAAUAUAAAGAAAAUAUGCAAAGUUUGUGGCAAGGAAUUCAAAGAUGGCACAACACUGCGGAGACACUCGUUCGAACAUAAUGGCAAAAUGCCAUAUAGAUGCACUGCUUGCCAUUAUCAAACUGCCAAACGUGAAUAUAUAACGACACAUAUGCUCCGAAAACAUGACAUACAAAUUACUGACGAAGAAUUAUAUUUAAUGUUUAAAACGAAUACUGGUAAAUCGCCUCGCGUAAAAAAUGUUGAAUACCUGAAAAAGUUGACUGAAAAUUUACAAACGUCAGAUAAUUCAAAUUAUAAUUGUAACGAAAACAAAGCUUAAAAAAUGCACUGCCGUGCUUGUAUGCAAGUGGAUUGUCAUACAGUUGUGGAUAUGAAUUGUGUCGGAACUCCGGAGGAUGGUAAAACACUAUACGACUACUUUAAUGAAUGCACUCAACUGCAAGCAACAGCGAAUGAUGAACUUCCACAAAUAUUAUGUACAACUUGCACAGAAGAAUUACAUGAUGCCUAUAAUUUUAUAAAAAAGGCACGUAAGUCCGAUGGAGAACUCAAAAAGAUUUUGACAAUCCAAAAAGAUGGCGUAGACAUUUAUACUACUACCCAAACUACACAGUAUGCAGUUGAAUGUACAAAUGAUCCAUUAUCGACGCCAGAACAACUAAUUGUCGUAACUGAAACUUCCAACACUGCUAACGAUGCUGAAGUGGCUAUACCUGUGCCAGAAAUAAAAGUAGAGUUAGAGUUAGAUAUUCCUGAAGAUUUUGAAAAAAUAAUGGAGGAUCAUGUUGUGAAAAGUGAUUCCGAAACUUCGCUGCAGGGUAACAGUGAUGAUGACAGCGGUGACGUUAUCAAGCCGGGUGUGUCACAUUCUUGUGAAAUAUGCGAUUGCUCAUAUUUAACGCAAAAGGAACUGAAAGAUCAUAUAUUUGAUGUACACAAAUCUCACAUCAUCUGCAUGAAAUGUCCAAAAGUUUAUGAGCUUCCCACGGAAUUACAACUUCAUGAAUCUCUUGUGCAUGGCACGGAAUCACCAUUUCAAUGUACAUGGUGUAAUGAAUCCUUACAACGUGAAGAUCUACCUAAACAUAUUCAGAUGACGCAUAAGAUUUCAUAUUCCAAAUAUUUUCCGCGUACGAAAAGGCGUUGCAAUAAUAAUGAUGAGAAUAAUAGUUUUGAAUGUGAUGACUGCCAACUGCAUUUUUCAUCCAUACUUGAGUUAGCCUAUCAUGUAAAGGAACACAAAUUUGAAUGUCCAUUAUGUUUAAAGAGUUUUCGAAAACAUGGUACGUUUCGGGCACAUGUUAAACGCAUACAUAAUCAUUCAAUAAGUAGCUUAAAAGUUGCGGUUGGUGUUGAGGACGUCGAAGCAAAUAAGCCGUACAAGUGUUCCUUAUGCUCCAGACAGUUCAGAUUGAAACGGUCUCUUCAAGGACAUUUGAAAGUGAAACAUAACCAGUAUACACGGCAAAAUGUAAAAAACGACGAGGAUAAGCUAUUUGAAUGUGCGUUUUGCACUAUGCGCUUUGCUAGCCAAAAUUCGCUUUAUCAUCACAAAAGACGCAAACAUCGAGAUUUAAUACAAACACCUGUUGCUGAUAAUGAAAACAAUACUACGGUGGUGGAAAUGGAGAAUGACAAAGCAAACAGUGAAUUUGUUAAUUGCACAUUUUGUCAUAAGGAUAUACCAAGAAGUGAAAUUAAGCAUCACGAAAGACGACACAAGUAUGCCUUGAAUCGAAAAAGAAAAUUUCUGUGUGCAUUCUGCCCGCGUGAAUUUAACUCUGAAGCUUCUGUUAAAUUGCACGAAAAGAAGGUUCAUAUGUGUGAAAAACCCGAACCCAAAGAAUGUCCAAUAUGCCAGAAAAAAGUUGAUCCGAAAUAUUUAAAAAACCACAUGGAGAACGUGCACACGUCCGAGCGUAAAUUUAUCUGUGAUAUUUGCGGUGAUCCUUUCAAGAGUUACGUUUUGCUUCACAGCCAUAAACGUUUGCACUUGGAGCGAAAUUUCGCAUGCACCGUGUGCGAGAAAAAAUUUAUACGCUCAUCCGAUCUGAAAGUACACAUGCGCAUACACACAGGCGAAGAGCCAUAUGAAUGUCAUUUGUGUGAUCGUAGAUUUAAAAUCAAAGUGCGCCUUAAUUAUCACCUGCAGCGUCAUGCUGGCAUCAAGCGGAAGUGUCAGGAGUGCGGCAAGGAAUUCAAUCAUGUUAAACAGUUAAAAAUCCAUUCAUAUAAACACACUGGCAUGCCAUAUCGAUGUUCUGUGUGUGAAUACGGCUGUGCGCAGCGUGAUGUUUUUCGAAAGCAUUUAUUGCGUAUGCACGACAUGACUAUGACUGAUGAGGAGUAUUGUGCAAUGUUCAAAGCGAAUACUGGUCGUAAUCCACAUGUGAAGACUCUGGAGGAAUUGCAGUCGGAGGCGCAAAGUAUGGAGCAAGAGCAAGAGCAAGAGCAGUCAAACUAA